AUGGGGUCAUCAGCAAAGUGCUUAGUAGCCAUGUCCAUGUGCAUGGUACUUAUAACCCAAAUCACCCACGUACAUUCCCGGAAGCUAAUAAACCCCCACCAAGACUUCGUUGACGCACACAACGCCGCUCGAGCCGAGGUGGGUGUGGGUCCGAUCACGUGGAACAACACGGUGGCGGCGUACGCCAAGAGGUACGCCGAGCAGAGGAGGAAGGACUGCAGCAUGGUGCAUUCUGGAGGACCUUACGGGGAGAACUUGGCUUUAGGCUAUCGCUUCAUGAGCGGCGGAGACGCCGUGAGGAUGUGGGUGAGUGAGAAGUCGGAUUACAACUACGCCACCAAUUCGUGUGCAGGAGACGACUGCCUGCAUUACACGCAGGUGGUUUGACGAAAUUCCACUCGCCUUGGAUGUGCCAGGGUUAAGUGUGAUAAUGGUUGGAUGUUUGUCAUUUGUAGCUAUGAUCCUCCUGGAAACUAUUUUGGCCAACUUCCAUAUUGA